UGAAGGUCAUCAUGAUCGAGCCAGGCUUCUUCAAGACGGCGAUCACCAGCGUCGAGAGCCUGGAGAAGAACAUCCUUUCCCUCUGGGAGAAGGUCCCAGAGGAAACCAAAGCGAGUUACGGGGAGAGUUACUUGCAGGAGUUUUUGAUGGAGCUCAGGAGGGUUCAGGAGCGAUGCAACUCCAACCUGAAGCUGGUCACAGACUGCAUGGAGCACGCGCUGACCAGCCGCUACCCCCGCAGCCGCUACUCAGUGGGCUGGGACGCCAAGCUGAUCUACAUCCCCCUCAGCUACCUUCCCUCAGCCCUCACAGACGCCAUAUUCACCCGAUUCCACCCCAAACCUGCCCAGAAAGCCUAG